CACUAAACGACCUCCCUGCCCCUCGCUACUGUGGCUGGGCCGCCACAUCCGCCUGCGGCUGCUGCACGGCCCACCAUCGCAAAUCGCACGUAUUGAGUGUGCCUCUGCUGAAAACCCCACGUACCACCAACCUGACCUCACAGCGCAACUCUUUUCUACCAAAUCCUCAGUUUCCCACCACCCCAGUCAUUUCGAAUCGUUUGCCUUGACUAUCGCCUCCUUACUGAUCUACCUUGCUCCUCUGCGAUCUCGAAUACCGACCGGAAGCACUCUAAGAUGGCCACAUUUCGCCGAUUUCGUCCCGACGACGUGAACAAGUUCUCCAAGUGCAACCUCGACCCGCUCACAGAAACAUACGAGCUCAACUUCUACCUCCAGUACCAUGCGAAAUGGCCUUCCCUCUUCCAGGUGUGCGAAGAUAUAGAUGGGAAUAUCAUGGGAUAUAUCAUGGGCAAAGUGGAAUCAUCCCCUGAUGCGUACAAGUUUUCCGAACACUACCUCCCGUGGCAUGCGCACAUCACCGCCCUCACUGUAGCGCCCGAGGCCCGAAGAUCUGGCAUUGGGAAAAUCUUGACCGAGCAGCUCGAGCUUGCCGCCGACGCGAACAAUGCUUGGUUUGUCGACCUGUUCGUCCGAAGCAGCAACCACCGCGCCAUCACUUUCUACAAGAACCUAGGCUACAGUGUUUUCCGCGUAGUCAAAGAUUACUACGGUGAGCAUGCGAUGGACCCGACCAAGUCAGGAGAGGAUGCCUUCGACAUGCGAAAGCCCAUGAAGCGGGAUAAGGACCACCAGCAUAUUCGGGACGAUGGAGAAAACCACGAAGUUGAGCCAGAAGAUGUCUGGUAAGGUCGUGUUUUGGAUCGUAUAUUGUCCCCCCAAACCUCCUCCCC